ACGGACAUGGCGGCCUUUCCCGCCGCGGCCCUCAUCCUCCUCCUGGAGGUCUCACUGCCGCGGGUUGGCGGCCGGCGGGAGGCCCAGGCUUUCGAGGCGGCCUCGGCGCUAUCGGGGAUGGAGUUCGGCGCGGCUAACGGCAGCAGCCGGCGGCCCGGAGACAGGGAGCUGCCGGUGCUGCUGUGGUGGAGCGAGGAUCUGUUCCCGCAUUUCCCCGGCGGAGGGAGGACGUCGGAGCGGAUCGAGUGCGGUCCGAUCCCGGGCUGGGCCUCUUCGGGCCCGGCCCCCCGCGCUUCCUGCCUGGUCACCCGCAGCAAGCGGGCCCUCGGUCACCGGCGGACGGCCGCCGUCCUCUUCUACGGCACCGACUUCCGAGCGGACCGGGCUCCACUGCCCCGCCGCAGCCGCCAGACCUGGGCCCUGUUCCACGAGGAGUCGCCGAUGAACAACUACCUGCUGUCUCAGGCCGCCGCCAUCCGCCUCUUCAACUACACCGCCACCUUCCGCCGGCACUCCGACUACCCGCUGCCCCUCCAGUGGCUGCCCGCCGCCGGCUACCUCCGCCACCCGCCCGUCACCUCCCUCCGCCGGAAGAACCACCUCCGCCGCCUCGGCACCGCCCCCGUCCUCUACCUGCAGUCACACUGCCCCGUGGCGUCUGACCGGGACCGCUAUGUCCGCCAGCUGAUGGAGCACCUACAGAUUGAUUCUUAUGGUCAGUGUCUGCAAAACAAGAACCUGCCUCAUGAUCGAUUGAUCGACACGCUAACAGCCACAACCGAAGAUGCAGAGUUCAUGGUUUUCGUAAGCCAGUAUAAAUUUCACCUCGCCAUGGAGAACGCGAUAUGUGACGAUUAUAUGACUGAGAAAUUGUGGCGCCCCAUGCACUUGGGAGCUGUGCCAAUCUAUCGUGGCUCCCCAGUGGUACAAGACUGGAUGCCCAAUUCACAUUCUGUAAUUCUAAUUGAUGACUUUGAAUCACCGAAGGAUUUGGCAGACUAUAUAAAUUUCCUUGACCAAAAUGACGACGAGUAUUUGAAGUAUCUAGAGUAUAAACAGCCAGGUGGCAUCAGCAACACUCUGCUUGUGGAGAGUUUAGAACAGAGGGAAUGGGGUGUGAACGAUAUUAACAAGCCUAACUAUUUAAAUGGGUUUGAGUGCUUUGUUUGUGAGAAGGAAAAUGGACGACUGCAGGCGGAGGAAGCUCACAGACAGCAGCCAGAUAAGUUUAAACUGCCAGCCCCUAGAAUAGCUGCCUACAAUCAUAUGGGCUGUCCACUUCCAGUCCCUGGGUAUGGAAGUAUUGAUGAGAUUCCUGAAAAUGACAGUUGGAAAGAAAUGUGGCAUCAAGAUUACUGGCAGAGCCUUGACCAAGCUGAAGCUCUGAGCAAUAUGAUUCACCAAAAUGAGACGGACCCAAGUAAACUAUGGGAUUACGUUCAUCAACUGAUAAUGAAGAGGAACAGACACUGACAGUGGAACUGCUGCUUUAGAAUCAGGGCAUUAGCCAAACACUACCACUUAGACUGCAUUUUGUGAAUGCAAUUCUCAUGUAGAUUUUUGGAUCCUUACUUUUAUAUAAAGAUUUUUUUUAUUGAAAACCAGUUCUUAUAACUUUUCUAGGAUUCAGUAAUCUUGCAUACUGUUUCCAGUAUGCCAAAAAUGGUGUUAAAUGGAAAAUUCAAAACUGGUUUCAAUUUAUGAAACAUGGUUUGAGAUUGAAGAUAGGAAGUGCUAAGACAAGUUUCAUACAUAUUUAUUCCCUACAAUCGGGCAAAAGCUGUAAGCCAAGGCUUUUCUCUCCAAUUGCAAUAUAGAGAGAUGUAUAUUUUAAAUGUCACUGAAUAUUACAUUUGAUGUUUAUAUCAAGUUAAAUUUACUAUUCUUUGUACCUUUCAAAAGAGUUAAAGAUUUUUAACCACAGGAAUUUUAUGUAGUCCCUACAGCAAAUAAAUGCGUCUUUUGGUCCAGCAGAUUUCUGUUCUAUAUGAGCCCUAACCCUCUAUCAAUAUAAGCUUUUUUUAUCAAUUGUGUGAUUAUCUAGCUUCCCCUUUAAAACAUUUAUGCUGUUCACUUCAUUGAGUUCCACAUUCUCACCACUUUCUAAAUGAAAAAGUUUCUCUGAUCCUGAUGAAGGGUUUUCAAACAUUGCCUGCUUCUCGAUUGCUGUCUGACCUGCUGGCCUCAAUACCUAUAGAGUCUCCAGAAUUCCCAUUUGAAUUGAGGUGAUUAUCUUCUAUUUGUGUUCCCUCGCAACAAAUCUCCAAAAGUGGAAUGUUCUCUACAUUUGAAGGAGAUGGUCGUGCAGUAGUACUGCAACUGGACCAGUAAUCCAGAGACCCAAGGUAAUGCUCUAAUGCGGUGUUCACUUCUAACGUGACAGCUGAUGACUGAGUGCAAUUAUUAAACCAGAGUUUAUAAAGAGUUUCAUGGCUGCUGUCAUCAAUUGUUGUAAAAUUCCAUCUGGUUCACUAAUGUGUUCUAGGAGGGGGAAAAUCCUGCUUUGGGCUACAUUUGAUUCCAGAUGUGCAGCAAUGACGCUAACUGCUAUCUUCCCUCUGAAAUGACCUAACUUCAAGGUAAUUGAGCAUGAGCCACCGGUGCUGGCUGUGCUGCGGCACCUACAUCCACGAAAGAACAAAAAAAGCUUUAUUCCUAGUUUUAAACUGCUCUGUUAAGUACAUCUCAUCCUCUUCUCCUAAAGAAGAGGCCCUAAAAUGAACAGUAUUCCCCAAUAUCUGUGCUUUGUUUCUACCAUCCUUGUGAAUCUUUUGUUUUAGCUCGUACCCUUUCUUUUGUAACUUUUUCUGCAACAUGGCGAUCAGAAUCCUGCACCAUACUGCAGUUAAAACAUGGUCCAACGAACGUUUUAUAUAAGCUCAACAUACCUCCUCCUUUGAUUUGUGUACCACAAGCUGAUCUGCCUGGCAUUUCCACAUUGAGGUAAGAUCAAGUGUAGUCUGCAGGUCAUGGAGUACUUGAGGUGAAGGGGUGAAGAAGCUAUGACGCACUGCUAUAAUUUAGUCCUCAUGUGAAACCAGUGCUUUCUAUUUUAUUUUCACUACAUACUCAUAUGCAUUUGUAAUUGAAACAGCUAGCGUAAGCCUUUUGCAUUAGUGCAGAUGUGUAUUUAUGGUAAGAAGCAGUUGCCACAAUAAAUCGUGGCAAAGAAAUCUGUGAUGUCAGAAAAAAAUUCUUAAUAUAUUCCAAGUGUUGAAUGUUUGGAGAAUUAAUACAUUCAAUAAUUUAAAAGCAGAAGAGUUUCCAAGCGUGAAAUGUGCUGCAUAUGGGUCUAACACACCAGGGAAACCUAUCUGACUUUUAUAACAAUCGAAGGAUUGUGGAAGAUGAUGCUAUAAAAAUCAUGUUCAUUAAUAUGUUCUUGAGGUGUGCUGUCUGUGUUGGUACCUUGAGAGUUGCCAUUGUAGACCUUUUGUUUUUAAGAUUCAUUUAUGUGCUAACUUGGAAAUGCAUCCUCUGUCUUUUCAAGGUUACUUGAUAGUUUAUCAUUUGGUCACUGGGGUACAGUGCUUCAGGGUUACUUUGGCACUGUCAAUCACUGAGCAGUGUACAUGUUGGAGCAGGGUUAAUUGGUGCCUGAGGGAGACCAAAGCUCUCUUUGAAAAUUCAGCAGUUCAAUUUAUCUCAGGUUUUCAGUCAUUUCCCAAGCUUUAUGAAAUAUCAAUCUUGCAAUUGAGGUAUGAUUUAUUAACUCCAUAAAUCAAAAAGGCUUAUUCUGGUGUGUUGAGUGUUUUUGGCUAUUUUUGACACAAGCAGUUUGCACUCUAAUCACAUUUCUUAGUUAUUGUUUGAAAUUAUUAAGAUUUUUGAAAAGGUCCUCCUAUGGGUAGCGGAAUUUCUUAAAUUACUUCAAGAAACUGCAUUUGGACACAAGCGUGGGACCAAAUGUAUAUGGUGUGAUUGAUGUGAAUAUUACUUGUGUUUACUGCAGAAGUCAGUCGUUUUCAGAAUAUGUGGUGCGUGAUGUUUUGUUAAAUGUUCAUAGCAUCACAACCAUUCUGCCUUCAAAUUGAAAGUGCUGCCUCCUCCCAUUAAACAGUUUUCUUCAAUUUGUGUAAUUAUCCUAUUUAUUGGUGGGAAAUAGUAGAAUAAAAGUUACCUCCUAAUGAAGGCAUUGUACCUCACUGUUGGGUUACUAACUAUGGAAUCAACUACUGAUCCAUUUAUUUUUCACGUGCUACGGUUUCCUCCCACAGUCUAAAGAUGUGCAGGCUAGGUGGAUUGGCCGUGCUAAAUUGCCCAUAGUGUUCAGGGAUGCGUGGGUUAUAGGGGGAUGGGUCUGGGUGGGAUGCUCCAAGGGGUGGUGUGGACUUGUUGGGCCGAAGGGCCUGUUUCCACACUACAGGGAAUCCAAUCUAAUCUAAAAUGUUGAUGGAAUAUAACAUUAAUUUCUGAUGUAUAACACAUUUUGUUAAAAUAAGCAUUUGAGUUUUCGCACAAAGGGGGCCUGAAUGUUGGAAUAUUUUGUGAGUACAGUUGCUUUUUGUUGAACAAAUGGGUGGAGGAGCUGAAUUUAAUUUGUGUGCUUUUGAAGCAAUUCACAUUUUCAGAAUGGGAUGAAUUAAUUUUAAUAAGUGGAUGCCAAAGAAUUACUUCAAAUUAUUUGCAUGGCUCAUUGUAAAUGCAAGCACUGAUCAUUUUGAGUAUAUGUGCCUUGGACUUUGCCUGCUGAAUGGAGGUUGAUUUGAAAGAUUUUGGUUUCUAACCAGAGGUACAUCAGUGAGUCGUAAUUAGUUCUAGAUCUCACUGAUUACAGAAUGUUUCCCAUAGGCAAAAAUUUACAACUCGAUGCCUCCUUGGUAUUUUACCAUUAUAUUGCUCAAAUAAAUUUUGUUUUUUUUUCUAGCACAUGGGAAUACCUCCAAGUUUACUAGGCAGGUCACUAUUAUUGUUUUCAUCCAUGUAGGACUGAUUUCUUUUCCUGUUUUGGUUUUAUUUUGUACACCAGUGGUUUUCAAUUUUUGCUAAUGCCUAUGCUGUGGAUAAUGUAAUCUGUUAUGAAAUGUAAUGUCAUGGCUGCAUUUGGUAACAGGGGAAUAAUUUUCUUCCUCCUGAAUAUCUGGAUAUAGAAUUAACCACCACACUAGUGAUUUAGCAUCCCUGACCUCCAGCUCAUGUAGGAAGAGGCCAUUGGCCAGUAGAGCCUAAGCAAAACUGGAAGAAAGAUCCAGGCAGUUUCAUAAGCUACAGUAACUAGAUUUUCAAAUACUAGUGUUUUAUAAAUUGUAACACUGACAGUAUUGAAUAUUUUUCACAAUAUAGAAUUAUUACAAUUUCAAACAUUGGCUAGUUAAUUUAUUUUCUUCUUUGUUACUUUCACUUUAAUUUUAUGCGUAUUUGUCAUAUGUGCUCUUUAAUGAGCUUACUGUGGUGUGAAGUACAGGUUGACAUUAUUAGAAAUAGCCUUGUUCUCAGUGACUGAGGACUUGCUAUUUUUUUAAAUUACAAUUGAGAAAAAAAGGAAGUUGUUUUAAAGUA